CCUUUAGCUUAGCAGAAAUAGGUAGUUAAAGGCGUUUAAAGUUAUUAAAUAAGUAAACAACACUUUUAGUUCGUUUUCAUUUCGAAAAUUUUUUGGAAGAAGAAAUGAAAGUGUUCAAGUUCUUUUUUAAUAAAUUUAAGCGUUAAAUCAAACGUGUGAAAUAGCAACACACUGAUUUUUUUAUUUUCAGAAUCUGGCUGCAUUGACAAAGUUUAAAUUUUAAAAAAAUAUGUUUUCGCGAUUAGGUUUAUGUGCAAGAUCAAAUUGCAGCUAUAUAAUUUAUCGUAACAUAAAUUAUCGCUCCAAAGCUCGAUUCAAAAAACCAUUUCUAAGAAAUGAAAAUCAAGAAUUUAAAAUUCACAAACCGAAAAGGACUUUCCCUUUGUUUAUUGAUCAACAUUUGAAACUGGCACCCAAAGUUAAGAGUAUGCCAGAGCAAAAAUUUGAUUUUUUCCUAGUUUUAGAUUUCGAAGCAACAUGUGACUCUCCUGUAAAUGUGGAACCGCCCGAAAUUAUUGAAUUUCCAGUUUUAAAAGUAAAUGGAAAUACUUUCAACAUAGAAUCAACUUUUCAUUCCUAUGUCAAACCAGAAAUAAAUCCUGAGCUAUCAUCUUUCUGUACUGAAUUAACAGGCAUAAUUCAAGGUAUGAUUGAUGACCAACCUUCAUUCAAAGUUGUUUUUGAAAAAUUUUUAGAUUGGAUGAAGAAAGAAAAUCUCUUAAUGCCAGAUGUUAAAUUUGCUUUCGUAACAUGUGGUGAUCCUGAUCUUGAUUACCUCUUACCAGUACAGGGCCAGAUAUCGAAAUUCGAAGUGCCAGAUUACAUGCAACGAUGGAUUAAUAUAAAAAGAAGCUUUUGUGAAAUUGAACCUUAUACAUGGCCUGAUAAUUUAUCUAAAAUGCUGCAAUAUUGUGAAUUAGAGCCUCAAGGAGAACUUCAUUCUGGUCUUGAUGAUUCCAAAAAUGUUGCAAGGGUACUGAAAGACUUAGCUGAAAGGGGACUUGUUUUUAAUUUUAAUGGUUGUAAGAAGACAUGAUUGUAUAUGUAGUGUUAGAAAAAAAAUAUAAACAUUGAUAAAAUUUAUUUCUGUACUA